AUGAGCCUCGGCAUCGCAGCGAACCACGUCACGUGCAGCAUCAUCAGAAUGACAUUCAUCUCGCUUGCCAACGGCAUCACCAUGGCCGGGUGCUUCUUCCUGUACGCCAGCACGGCGGUGGCAUCGGUGGUGUUCGUCUAUGUGCGGCUGCCGGAGACCAAAGGCCAGAGCUUGGAGGACAUAGGCGUUCUCUUUGCCAAGUGA